AUGGGGAAGCCACGCUCACAAGAAGAGUCACGGAGGGUGGUGGAGUGGAUCCCCACGCCCUAUCGUGCCAUCACGGUGGCCAUCACGGGCUUCGCCUACACCCUGGGCCAGAUCCUCCUGGCCGGCGUGGCCUACGCUGUCCCCCACUGGCGCUGGCUCCAACUCACCGUCUCUCUGCCCUUCUUCGUCUUCCUCCUCUACUCCUGGUGGUUGGCUGAAUCCGCCCGUUGGUUGGUGCUCUCCGGGAGGGCCGAGAGGGCCGUGAAGGUCCUACAGCGAGUGGCCAGGAUUAACAAGAGGAAGGAGGAAGGGGAGAAGAUCACAGUUGAGAUCCUAAAGUCCAACAUGAAGGAGGAGUUGGCUGGUUUGAAGGCCUCCUACACCAUCUCCGACCUGGUCCGGACCCCAGUCAUCCGCCACAUCUUCUUCUGCCUCUCCAUUGUCUGGUUCUCCAUCAGCUUCUCCUACUAUGGGCUGGCCAUGGAUUUGCAAAACUUUGGUGUCAGCAUUUACCUCAUCCAGGUGAUUUUCGGUGCCGUUGACUUCCCGGCCAAAGUGGUGGUGACCAUCUCCGUGAGCUACAUUGGCCGGCGGGUGUCACUCAUGGUGGCCCUCUUCUUGGCGGGGCUGGUCAUCAUUGCCAACAUCUUUGUCUCCGCAGAGCUGCAGACGGUGCGCACGGCGCUGGCCGUCAUCGGCAAGGGCUGCCUCUCCGCCUCCUUCAACUGCGUCUUCCUCUACACCACCGAGCUCUACCCCACUCCCAUCAGGCAGACCGGGCUGGGCUUUGGCAGCACCAUGGCCCGCGUGGGUGGCAUCGUGGCACCGCUGGUGAAGAUGAUGGAUGAGUACUACCCCUUUCUGCCCCCCGCCGUCUAUGGGGUGGCCCCCGUGGUGGCAGCCGUGGCGGCCGGCUUCCUCCCGGAGACCCUCAACAAGCCACUGCCUGACACCAUCGAGGAGGUGGAGAGCAGGGCCAAGCGGAAGAAGACGGAUGACCCCAAAGAGAAGAUUCCCCUCCAGCCCCAGGACAAGGCUCCACAGAAGGAGGCCUGAAGGACCAUGGGGUGUGGGGGGACAGCACCCUAUGCUCGGCCACCGGCAACCACCCUCCCCCAUGGGUCCCCACAGCCUUGUCUGGGGAUGGGUACAAAUCUGUACCCAUGGCUGGUGACCUCCCUGUGUGGGGCAGGGGAAGUUCUUGGAGGAAUAAAGCAGCCCUGGUGGGGACAACGUCUCGGGGUGUUGUCUGAGCCAACCCAAGGUCAUCUCUAAUAAGAUGACACCCAAUAACCAUAUCUGAGGUCACCUCCAAUAGGAAAAUGCCUAAGAACUGUGUCCCUGAGGUCACCUCCAAAAAGAUGGUGCCCAAGAACACCACCUUGGAGGUGACCACCAAUAAGGUGACACCUCAUAACCUUGUCCCUGAGGUCACCACCAAUAAGAUGCUGCCUAAGAACACCUUGGAGGCCAUCUUCAAUAAGAUGACACCUCGUAACCUGGUCCCUGAGGUCACCUCCAAUAAGAUGGCACCUCAGAACACCCACGCUGGAGGUCACCUCCAAUGAUAACUCAUAACCUUGUCCCCAAGGUCACUUCCAAUAACCUCUUGCCCAAGAACACCACGGUGCAGGUCACCUUCGCUAAGAUGACACCUCAUAACCUUGUCCCCCGAGGUCACCACCGAUAAGAUGGCACCCAGGAAGAUCAAGUUGGAGGUCACCUCCAACAAGAUGACACCCAAUAACACCAAACCCACCCGGGAGAGGGGUCCCCCAAGUCUCAGAGAAGAAGGGGAACGGUGAAGAGCUCCCAAAUCCCACCCCAGCUCCCUCCCAGCAACCCAUGGGGCUGCCGCCAUGAUGCCCCUUCCCCGAUUUCCGACCCCCCCCGAGGCCAUCCUGGCCCUUGCUCCCGUUGCCGACGUGUCCCUUGGCCCCAGCAACCCCCUCCUUGGUGCAACCCCAUCAAAAAUUAACCCCCCGGUGGAGAAUGCGCUGACUCAAGCAGGGCCACCUCCGUCAGCACCUUUCGGUCCCUUUUCCAUCACGGAAAUCGCUAAAAUUUAACCCAACGGGGCCGGCGAAGGCCAUACGUUGGCCCAAGGCAGGAGUUGUCCCCCCGCCAGGGCCGUUCCGGGAUGCU